AUGUCCAGCAGCACGGCCCUCAAGACGUUCUCCCUGACCAAUGAAAUCCUUGAAGUAUCACCCCAGGAUGAAAUCUAUCGUUUCGAUGUGGAGGCUGACAAGAAGAUCAACAACGAGCAACCAUGGACGAAAGAUCCUCAUUAUUUCAAGUCGUGUAAAAUAUCUGCCAUCGCUUUAAUCAAGAUGGUGAUUCACGCCCGCUCUGGAGUCCCCUACGAGAUUAUGGGUCUUAUGCAGGGCAAGGUGAUGGGAAACUCGCUUGUCAUCAUGGAUUCGUUUGCUUUGCCGGUACAGGGGACAGAGACGCGUGUUAAUGCAGCCCACGAGGCCAAUGAGUACAUGGUGGAAUACAUCAGCCAAAGCGAGAAGGCUCAAAGAUUGGAGAAUGCCAUUGGAUGGUACCAUUCUCACCCUGGCUAUGGAUGUUGGCUUUCUGGUAUCGAUGUUAAUACCCAAAUCAACAACCAGAAAUUCCAAGAUCCGUUCGUUGCUGUGGUGAUCGACCCCAAUCGAACUAUCUCUGCUGGGAAGGUCGAUAUUGGCGCUUUCCGUACAUUCCCAGAGAACUAUACACCACCCAAUGUUUCCCCUUCAGAAUACCAAUCAAUCCCGUUGAACAAAAUUGAAGAUUUUGGUGUCCAUGCAAACCAGUAUUAUCAAUUAGAGGUGGAAGUGUUCAAGUCCAGUUUAGACAACGACCUAUUGGCCAUGUUGUGGAACAAGUACUGGGUUAACACGCUGAGUCAAAGCCCACUUGUAUCGAACAGAGCAUAUGCUGUAUCACAGUUAACCGAUUUGCAUCAGAAGUUGGCAAAAGCACAGAACUCCGUCGCAAAUACACGUGCAACAGCUCCCACUAUCAAAGAUAAAGACAUAUCGGUGGCCUCACAAAAGCAAAAGGAGAAGGAAGAGAAAAAGAAAGAGGACAAUCAACUCACGAAAGGUGUCAAAGACAGCACGAAGAUCGCUGUAGAGGCACAGCAUGGACUAAUCGCACAAGUGAUCAAAGACGUAGUCUUUUCCAUGCGACCCAAUGGUCAAUCUUCGUCGACGGCGACGGUAGAAGACGUGACUGAUAUGGCUAUCGAAAACACCCCUCCGCCAACAAUGGGUCUCCAGGAAUAUCAGGUCGUCGGUCGUCACUUGCCCACGGAGGCGGAGCCUACACCCAAAAUCUAUCGUAUGCGCAUUUUCGCGCCUAACGAGGUCGUUGCCAAAUCCCGCUUCUGGUACUUCCUGAGGCAACUCAAAAAGGUCAAGAAGGCCAAUGGUGAAAUCAUUGGUGUCAAUGUCAUCCACGAGAAAAAGCCAUUGAAGGUCAAGAACUUCGGUAUCUGGCUUCGCUACGAUUCUCGCUCCGGAACCCACAACAUGUACAAGGAGUUCCGUGAACUCACCCGUGCCGAUGCCGUCAAGAGUCUCUACCAGGACAUGGCUGCCAGGCAUCGUGCCCGCUUCAGGUCUAUCCACGUUCUCCGUGUUGUCGAGAUCGAGAAGACCGAGGAUGUCCGUCGCCCAUACAUCAAGCAACUUCUCACCCCCAACCUCAAGUUCCCCCUCCCACAUCGUGUUGCGAAGUUCCGCUCGACCUUCGUCGCCAACCGCCCUGCCACUUUCUAA